AUGUUGUCGACUUCUUUACGCCGGGCUGUAUGGGCGCCCUUGUCUGGGCUGCCUCGCCCUGGCCAGCAUAUCCCGUGCACUGGUAUUGUCGGCGCAACCCGUCAAGCUCACCAACGUCGGUACUCCUCAUCUUCCUCUAAGCCGCCAGUACCACCUAGCGAUGGAUCGCGACGCAUGGAUACCUCGACUCCGUCGAAGGGGGUGAACUCGUCUGGGGAGAAGAGCAAAUCUGCUCGCCGCCGAGGCAAGGACAACGGUGCCCGAAACGGUUCGAAGUCUAGCCAGCAGCAUGCCGCAUUUUCAAAGCUUCCCAGCGUUCCCUCCACCCAGCACCGACAACCGCAUGACGUACAUGUUGCCUCUUUCUUCUCCAUCCACCGUCCUAUCUCCGUGACUACCACCGUCCCCCCAACCUCUUCCUCCGAUGCCUUCGACGCCAUAUUCUCCUCCAAGAAAUCCCUGAAGAACGACCCGGAGGAAGUGGUUUUUACUCUCUCCUCGGCUGUCCAGACCAUGGAAAACUCAGCACACGCCGAAGCUGAGGACCCAUUCGGCCAGCUCCAGCGGAGCUUCGCCAGCGAUGCCGACGGCGAGCUUCGCAUGCUGGACGGCCCGGAAGCUCGCAUGUCGGUUGAGGAAUAUACCCGCCGUCUUCGUCCCUUCCAGCCUCCACCAGCCCCCGUCCCCAUGAACAUGGAGCUCCAGGCCGUGGCCGAAGCCGAAGCCGAGAGUAUGGAGGCCCAGGAGAUGCAGAACCAGGAAACUACCUACUCAACGGUCCUGACCAUCCGGGAAUCUCGCAGCGCGGACGGUCGCAGGACCUACGAGGCGCACACCGGACCAUUUGUCCGGGACGAGAUGGAGGCUCCUGCUCUGAACGGCGAAAUCUCUAUCGACGCGCCUGCAGGCUCCACCUCGGGGAUGACGUACGGCGAGCGCCGCCAACAUAACCACACCAUCCAGGCGAUCAGCACGAAGAGACGGCGCAAGGUGAAGAUGAAGAAGCACAAGUUCAAGAAGCUCAUGCGCAGAACGCGCACCCUUCGCCGCAAGCUCGAUAAGGCUUAG